UCAAGUCCAGAUCACACUCGGCGUGUGUACUUCCAUAUACGCUCGUACAUCUUUUCUUUACCAGCGAAUUGUCACCCUUCUCGUUUUGUUUGAAAAAUAUUGCAAAAAAGAAUUAAAAACACGUUAGAUCGAUCCGGGUGUUCCGACCACCGGUUAUCGCACAGCGCUCGACACCGAGAAUCGCUCUGUCCGCGUUCGAAGAAUAUCCGAAAUUUCGCCACUGAACCAAGAAAUCCGGUCGAACGGUACGCACGUACAACGUACGUAAAUCCGGCUAGAAAUAGCUUUGGUACAGAGUGGUCUUAAAAUUUUGUACAUCCCCGAGUUUAUAAUAUCGCACUUGCGGCGGUGCUAAAUAAAUCAGUUUCAAUUCAAACAAAAACCGUAGAAUUGGCUGGCUACAGGCUCGUUCCUACCGUGGUCGAAGAAUAUAUUUGCCUAAAAAAAGAAAAGAAGAAGUUGCACAGACGCGAAUGGUUGAGUGAUUUCGAUUCUUUUCCUCCGUGAAUCGAAGAGAUCCGCAGAGUUGUGGUAAAAAGUAAAAGUAUACGUAAAAAAAAAAGAAAGGAAAAAAAAAAAGAAAUAUACGGGAAUACGAAAGACGCUCUCGAAACUGCAGAUAUCAGCAAAAUCUAGCCGUUUGAGAGGAUAGAAAAUUUCGUUGUACAGUUGCCAGUAUAGUUGUGGCUGGGAAUUACUGAGUAGACAGAAUUAUGUCUGUGGUGUCUCUGCUCGCCUCAGUUGAGACGAACGCCUCAGGCCGAGCACACGCACAGGAAUCUUCGUAGAGUACACGCACGAGCACCGUCAGAUUAUAAACACGAAUUACCGUAUUUGAUAAGAGAGUAUCACUUUUAAUUGCAUAUACCAGCCGUCAAACCGCGAUUCAACCCUUUCAAAGUUCGCCGACCGCGUCUCCGUUGAUUAGUUACACAACUCUCUGCUGCCUGGUUCUGCGUUAUAUAUACUGACUCUGAGAUUCUUACGACGGUAAAUCACACAUCGCUAAUUAGAACGCGCGCCUGUUUAAAACACACGUGACAUCGCGGCGCUUCAGAUACAUACGCACAAUAUACACAUUAUACAAACGUAUGUAACCUUUGAUUGGAUAAAAACGAUCUUUAUUCCAUUUUGUAUAUAAUAACGGACAAUAUCGCGGGGAGAAAAAAGACACUAAUCUAAAAUAUUAAACCAUAACGUUUAUGUAUUAAAUUGAUAGUUUUUUGUGAGACAUUUACGUUCGUUUAACCGGCUGUGUAUCGUUCCUUUGUUAUUUUGAAAGUUCGUUCGAUUGGUUGACGAAAAAUACGCGUUGUUGAAAAGGAUAAUUAAUACAAGAGAAAAGCGAAAUACGGGAGUUUUGGUCAAAAUGAAUUUACUGGGAAUACUGUUGGUCCUCCUGAUCUCUUCGAGCAGUGUAUUGUGCCGUCGCAUUUACCGCCAGGAUCUAAGGGAUGUUGCCCAGGAUCAGUUUUCGAAUUUCAAGAACACGGAGAAAGUUGGGACUCGGGACGGUGGAGGCAGCGGCGGGGGAAUGGAAACGCAGGAAAACGCGAAUGCGGCGACUGAUUUUCCACUGGAAAAGGUGCUUCGGGAGAACAAACCCGCUUCCGUCGACGUGAAAACCGAAGGCAGAACAACCGCGGUGCCCGACGACGAACGCAAGUGGAAACAGCCGAUGAGCGCCCAAAAGAUCGGGAUAAUCUUGCAAGAAGCGAUCUUAAAGAUAAUCAUGGGCGAACUCACCACUGCCGACAUGAUGCUGCUGAAGAGCUUGAACUACGACGCGGAAAUGGUACGCAAAAUAAGGGAAGAGCAGUUCAAGAAGAGAGAAAAUGACGUGGGGGCGAUCGACGAGAAGAGAAAUCUACGGAAUCGCAUCGACGCUGACAUCGAGAAGCUGGAGAAGGAGGAAGAUUUGUCGGAGGUGCCGAGAAUCGAUUACGACGCGUACAACAAUCAAGCGGUCGACGAGUAUGAGAAUUCGGCUUCCUUUAACGAAGCGGUGAUCAGAAGGAACGAUUCCCUGACCGACUACGAAGACGAAACGAAGAGCAGCACCGAAAUAAAGUCAGACGAAUACAACGGGCACUCGAUAACGGAACCGCGGGUCGUAUUCAGAUUGAGUUACAACGACUCCGCGUUCGACCCGCGUCCCGAAGAGAACCCGAUGCCGUCUCGCGAGGUAAAUCGUCAGACGACGAUAAACGGGACCGGAAAUAACUUUCCCACAGCUGUUACUUCCGUUAACUCUUCUUCUGCUCCUGUAGACUAUCAGAUAUAUACGAGCAGGGAGCUCUACAACUUCACGACCAAUUAUUUCAGCAGCACACGGGCACCGGAGGAGAACAACGAGGUUGACAAACAGCACGUUGUCCCGUCAAGGAACCAGACAAAAGCUCUCGAGGCGCCGCUCGACCGUCUUCACCUGCCCGAUCCAAUUUUCCGUAACGAGAGUGCUACCGAUUUACGAAACCGAAACGCCUCGUUCGACGUUCCAGCCCUCACCUCGACUACCGAAACGACAAUUAGUACCCCGGAAGCUGCGACGAGCGGUUCGAACGAAAAUCGUACCGCAGCUUCGAACGGGGGUCAUCGUAUUUACAAGGGCCUGAAGUGGAUCCAGGACGACGUGUAUCAAGUGAUUCCCGAGUACAUCGACUUCGCUGAGUCGGAGAACGCGGAAAACGAGACUUCGACCGCGCCUAUCGAAGACGCAGUCUACCAGAACCUCGACGAACCCACCUCGAAGAACCAGACGAGCACGGACGAAGGUAUGGAAAACGACGCGACCGAGUCCGUGCACCUCGUCGGAUCCGAAUCCAACGGCUUGACGCAGAACUUGGAAAAUUUGUCCUCCGAGUGGCCGAGAACCCUGACCGAACGCGAAGCUGGAAAUAUGUCGGCCUCCAUCGACAGCCAGAAGCAAAAAACCAUAGAAGAAAUUAUAAAGAGAGUCUUGUGGAUCACUGGACGUCAGAAUGCCACGGAGAUGGGAACUGCUCGACCGCGGAAAGCAAAGAUGGCAAUGUUCUCUCCUACUUGUCAAGUACCUCACAACACCGAUGUCGAGACGUGGCGAGACCCGUACUCCAUAAACAUGGAGUUCCAUUUGAACCUGACAACGGACCAGCAUGUCGUGGCGGCUAAAUUGCGACUCUUUAAAUUGCCCCAAGUCAACGUAACUACAGCAGCGACGAGCCUCGACGGCGCCGAAGAUGACGAGAAGAAGAUCAGAAUAUCGGUCUUUUACUACACGAGAUCCCUGAAAAAACAUCGCUCCAAGAAAGUUUUGAUGGAUUCGAAGAUGAUUUCGCUGACGGCGACCGGGGAACAUCUAGCUCUAGACGCUAAACAGGGAUUGAGAUUUUGGCGUAGUCACAGCUCACACAACCACGGAAUUCUCGUCCAGGUCGAGGACCAGGAUGGACGCCCACUGCAGCCGAGCCGCUACAUAGAAACACCGAAUUGCCAAAACUCGACGGAUUCGAACCAGCAAGAUGAUAAGGCAUAUCAACGAGUCCCUGCACUCUUCGUUGCAGCCUGUACUCGUUACGUUCGUUUCGUAGACGGCGAGGUUGUCACCUACGAAGAUUUUGGUCCGUAAUACGACGACAGCGAACCGUCAAAUGAGGAGAUGGUCAUACAGUACUAAGGAUGAAACAGCCAAAUUUAAGCAUUUCUUAUGAAUUCACGUCAAGGAAAUUACGGACCAACUAUAUAUAUAUAGUAUAUAUAGUAUAGUAUAUAUAUAUAUCACACGUAUUGUAAACAUAAACGACGAAGUGAAGAGCGAAUUAUCAGCGCAAAUCAUCGGGGAAAGAAUCUCUUAAAAAUCUUAGCAAUGUAAAAAUAAUAUCCUUCGCUGUAGCUCAAAGAAGAAAUAUCGAAUAAUAAUAUAUGAAUACGUACGUGCUUCGUAUAGAUUCAGUUGGUGCAACGUACAGACUGUUAUUAACAAUAACUUAAUUAUAAAAAUGUGUUUAAAAAAAUUAACAGUGUCUAGAUUUAGACUAUAGAUUAUAGAUUUCAUAUUACAUACACGCGUGCGCGGCGUGCGUACAUACACACACAGACGCACACACACACACACACGAUAUGUAUAUUACUUAUUUAAUUUUACAUUCUAAUUUUAGAACAGACGUGACGGUGGUUCCGAAUAUUGUACAUAUAGCGGUAGCAACAUACAUGUAGUUUCAACGUAGUGAAAAUAUUAUUGUCGUUAUUACUGAAUGUAUAUUACCAUUACGAUUUUUACUAUUAAUAACAUUGUCAUGACUAUUACUAUGGCAGUGUUAACGUUGAUAUGUUUACUGUCAUCGCGACUAUUAUCGUUAUGUUUUCACCUUAAAAAUUUAGAUUAGGAUCCCGAUUUCUUUACAUAGGUACACGAAUACUUAGUUAAUCGCAUAUGAAAUACAACUUUUAUGUACUUUAUUACUUAUUUUCAAUAAUAUUAUAAACACAUGUAUCGUUAAUUUUAAUCGUCAGAGACAUAAGGCCUUAAUAAUUACUAUACGCUUACGAUUACAACGCUAUUUUUAUAGCCUUGUGCCCAAAUUCUUAAACAACUAUUUAUAAUUACCGUUAAAUUGAAUCUGAAAAACGUAAGGAAAACGAAGAAAUGACAGAAGUCACUUUUUGAAAGUAUACACAGCUCAGAUGAAUCAUUGUAUAUAAUGUAUAUUUUUAUUUGUGCCUAUCAAUAAAUAUUUUACCAAUA